CAACCGUCACCGCCGCCGCGACGAGUCUCGAGUUCCGCUUCGGUCCCUCGAGUAUCUUCGUAGCCAGUGCCCCGACGGAGCUCCAGGAGACGCUUGACCGCGUCUGCUGAGCGUUUUCCACGCGUUUAUCGGCCUAGGAGUCCUCCCGGAAGCCGCGCGCAAAACACCCGCCCCCCUCGCGCAACACCACCACCUUACACAUCUACGACUAAUUCUGCCUCGCUACGCGACGAGGAAGAGGAACUUGAGCUUUAGACUGUGCUACACGACCCCUACCCAGCAUGCUUGGACACCAGUUCGCGUACUCGGCCGCGCCUGUGCGCAAGGUCAAGGAGGUUCAGUUCGGUAUCCUGUCUCCGGAGGAAAUCAAAGCCAACUCUGUGGCGAAAAUUGAGUUUCCCGAGAUCAAUGACGAAGGCACUCACCGUCUCAAAACGGGUGGCGUCAACGACCCUCGCAUGGGCACCAUCGACCGCAACUUCAAGUGCCAGACCUGUGGUGAAGGCAUGUCCGAGUGCCCGGGCCAUUUCGGUCACAUCGAACUGGCGCGACCAGUCUUUCACCCUGGUUUCAUCGUCAAAGUGAAGAAGAUCCUGGAGUGCAUCUGCGUGAACUGUGGAAAGCUGAAAGCCGACAUCUCCGACCCCUCUUUCGCGGACAGGAUCCGACACGUUCGGGAUCCGAAGCAUCGCCUGGCGGCCGUUUGGGCGUACUGCAAGGGCAAAAUGAUGUGCGAGACGGAUGACCCCAAGGAAGAGGGCCAGGAAGAUCACGAAGAGAAGAAAGGCCACGGCGGUUGCGGCCAUAUUCAGCCUGUGAUCAGGAAGGAGGGCUUGAAAAUGUUCGUCCAGUACAAGAAGGCCAAGGACGACGACGAUGAGGGCAAGUCGGUGCAGUCUGAGAAGCGCCUCAUCAUGCCGUCCGAGGUUUACACGACGUUCAAGAAGAUGUCUGAGGACGAUUUGCGCUUGCUCGGUUUGUCCGAGGAGUACGCAAGGCCCGAGUGGAUGAUCUUGACUGUCUUGCCCGUCCCGCCACCCCCAGUCCGUCCCAGUAUCGCGAUGGACGGUGGUGCCCAGAAGAGCGAGGAUGACUUGACGUACAAGCUCAUCGAGAUCAUCAAGGCGUCCGGGAACGUACGGCGGUGUGAGCAGGAGGGCGCACCCGCACACGUCGUGAACGAGUUCGAGCAGUUGUUGCAGUUCCAUGUUGCGACGUACAUGGACAACGACAUUGCUGGUAUCCCGCAGGCGAUGCAGAAGUCCGGUCGUCCGAUCAAGGCGAUUCGCGCGCGCCUAAAGGGCAAGGAGGGUCGUCUGCGUGGUAACUUGAUGGGCAAACGUGUGGACUUCUCGGCGCGUACUGUCAUCACCGGUGAUCCGAACCUCGAGCUCGACCAAGUUGGUGUACCGAGGAGUAUCGCGAUGAACCUGACCUUCCCUGAGCGAGUCACACCGUACAACAUCGACUACCUGCAGACGCUAGUACGGAAUGGGCCUACAACUUACCCUGGUGCUCGCUACGUCGUCCGUGAUACAGGAGAACGUAUAGAUCUGCGGUACAACAAGCGUGCGGACGCGUUCUUGCAGUUUGGGUGGAUCGUGGAGCGGCAUCUGAAGGACGGAGAUUAUGUGCUCUUCAACCGUCAGCCUAGUCUGCACAAGAUGAGUAUGAUGAGCCAUCGGGUGAAGCUCAUGCCGUACUCCACCUUCCGUCUGAACCUGUCCGUGACGCCUCCUUACAACGCCGAUUUCGACGGUGAUGAGAUGAACAUGCAUAUACCCCAGAGCGAGGAGACAAGAGCAGAGCUCAGCCAGAUCGCAUGGGUGCCGCGUCAGAUUGUUACGCCUCAGUCCAACAAGCCCGUCAUGGGUAUCUUUACCUUGCGCGACUGCUUCAUGGAUUGGAACCAGGUGCAGAACAUCUUGCUCUGGGUACCCAGCUGGGAUGGCAGCCCGAAGCCCUUUAUGGUCAUCCCCCGUGGUAUCAACAUCGCGCGGAAGUCGGAAAAGGACGACGGCAUGUUCAUUGAGAACGGCGACAUCAUGUAUGGUGUCGUCGACAAGAAGACUGUCGGCGCUUCGCAGGAGAAGGGUCCGGAGGCCACGCGCACCCUCUUCACUGGGUUGCAGCAGGUCGUCAACUACUGGCUCUUCCAUAACGGCUUCAGCAUUGGCAUCGGCGACACCAUCGCGGGCCCGGACGUCAUGGCGAAGAUCACGAAGACGAUCGACCAGCAGAAGGAGAAGGUGAAGGAGCUCACCGCCGACGCCUACUGGGACUUGCUCAAGCCCAUGCCGGGUAUGACCAUCCGCGAGACGUUCGAGAGCAAGGUCAACCACGAGCUGAACAAGGCUCGUGACGACGCCGGAAAGGACGCGCAGGACGGCCUGAAGGACGACAACAACGUCAAGCAGAUGGUGGUGGCAGGUUCCAAGGGUUCCUUCAUCAACAUCUCGCAGAUUGUGGAGGGCAAGCGUAUCCCCUUCGGCUUCCGUCAUCGCACUUUGCCGCACUUCACCAAGGACGACUACAGUCCAGAAUCCCGCGGCUUCGUCGAGAACUCGUACUUGCGUGGCCUCACACCGCAGGAGUUUUUCUUCCACGCAAUGUCGGGUCGUGAAGGUCUCAUCGACACGGCCGUCAAGACCGCCGAGACCGGUUACAUCCAGCGUCAUGUCAUGGUCUGCUACGACGGUACUGUGCGCAACUCACUCGGCGAUCUUGACGGCAUGGAUGGCGCCUUCAUUGAGCGGCAGGGUGUUGACACGCUCCUCAUGGGCGACCGGGAGAUGGAGAAGAAGUACAAGAUCGACAUCACGGACUACGGCGAGAGCAGGCUUCCGGCUGGUGUCCUCCAGGUCGGCCUCAUCGACAACCUGAACCAGCAGGAGGCGUUGGACUUGCAGGAGAAGUUGAAUCAGGAGUGGGAGCAACUGCGUGCGGACCGCGACGAGCUUCGCCUCUACGUCUUUCGGGGCUACGACUACCGCAACGCGCCACAGUACCUCCCGAACGCCAUGCAGAUCUUCCAUAUUGACAGGCGAAAGCCGAGCGAUCUUCACCCGGGCUACAUCGUCGACCAGGUCCGCGGCCUCUGCGAGCGCGUUAGCGGUGUGCUCCGCGAAGACAACGAGUUCAGCCGUGAGGCGCAGGACAACUCGGCCAGGCUGUUCCGCAUGCUUCUGCGCGCGCACUUCGCUGCGCGGAAGGUGCUCACUGUCUGGCACUUUACGCAGCAGGCGUUCGACUGGGCCAUCGGGGAAGUGGAGACGAAGUUCAACCAGUCGUUGGCGAACCCGGGCGAGAUGUGCGGGACCCUAGCGGCGCAGUCUAUCGGCGAACCGGCGACGCAGAUGACGCUCAACACCUUCCACUACGCCGGUGUGUCCAGUAAGAACGUCACGCUCGGUGUUCCUCGGCUGAAGGAGAUCAUCAACGUUGCCGCGAACAUCAAGACGCCAGCGCACACUAUCUACCUCGUGCCCGAGAAGGCGCAGAGUAGGCUUGGUGCGAAGGCCGUGCAGGAGCAGCUCGCGUUCACGACGUUACGCACUGUCACCGCUGCUGUGGAGAUCUGGUACGACCCGGACACGCGCAACACAGUCAUUGAAGAGGAUCAAGAGAUGAUUGGGUCCUUCUGGGACAUUGCCGAUGCCGACCCAGGCUCCCCUGAGUACGAGAAGUAUCAGCGCCAGUCGUCGUGGCUUCUCCGUCUCGUCCUCGACCGUAGGGCUAUGAUCGACCGCAAGGUCGACGUCGACUACGUCGCCAACCAGAUCAUCAACAACUUCAAGACCGAUCUCGUCGUCAUGUGGAGUCAGGAUGCCUCAGAGGACACGAUGAUCAUCCGGUGUCGUGUCGUGAGCGGCGAGGAGAAGACGGAGGACGGGCUUGAGGACAUCGAGGAGGAUGUGUUCCUGCGUCAGCUGGAGAACACGAUGCUCAACUCCAUCGUCUUGCGCGGUGUGAAGGGCAUUGACCGUGUCUUCCUGAGCGAGAAGGACAAGACCCACAUCAACGACGAUGGUACUGUCGGCCAGGAGAAGGAGUGGGUGCUCGAGACGAACGGUACGAACUUGAAGGCCGUCAUGUGCGUGGAUGGUGUCGACUACACGCGCACGUCGUCGAACAACUGCGUGGAGGUGUUCAAUACGUUGGGUAUCGAGGCCGGCCGCCAGUCCGUGCUGAAGGAGCUGAAGUCGUGUAUCGAGUUCGACGGUUCCUACGUCAACUACCGUCAUAUCGCCCUUCUUUGCGACCUGAUGACCCAGCGCGGCACUCUCAUGGCUAUCACUCGACACGGUAUCAAUCGCUCGGACACUGGCGCACUCAUGCGUUGUUCGUUCGAGGAGACCGUCGAGAUUCUCAUGGAGGCCGCUGCGGUCGGCGAGAAGGACGACUGCCACGGUGUCGCCGAGAACGUCAUGUUCGGGCAGAUGGCGCCCAUGGGUACCGGUGCUUUCGACGUCGCCCUCGACAUCAACAUGCUCAAGGACGCGAUUGUCGACACGCACCAUAUGCCGACGCUGGCGGGCGAUGGCGGCAUGACCCCGGGGCAGGUUGCGAUGACGCCGUACGAUAGCAACUCGCCAAUGUGGGACCAGGGAAUGUUCAAGGGCGAGCAGGCGGCGUUCUCGCCGCUAGCGGUCAACGGCAGCGAGGAGCCGAGCGGCGCGUAUGGCGGGCUCACUGGCUACGGCCAGAGCCCAUACGGCGCGGGCAGCUUCUCGCCUGGACGUCCGGGGUACAGCCCGACCUCGCCGAGCUACUCGCCUGCGUCGCCGAGCUUCGCAAGCGCACAGUCGCCGUUCAUCGGCGGUGCAUCGCCGUUCGGCGCAUCUCCGUAUGCAACAUCGCCGUUCAUCGGUGGCGCGACGUCCCCGACGUACUCGCCGACUUCGCCUGCGUUGAACCUCACGUCGCCGUCGUACUCGCCGACGAGCCCGCGGUAUUCGCCGACGUCUCCAUCGUUUUCGCCAACGUCACCGAGGUACAGCCCGCAGUCGCCGUCGUUCAGCCCGUCUUCGCCGAGAUACUCGCCUACGAGUCCGUCGUUCAGUCCGGCUUCGCCUCGUUCUCCUCAAAUGGCUUCUCCCACGUCGCCGAAGUACUCCCCCACCUCACCAAUGGCCUCGCCGGCUUCCCCCAGAUACUGUAAGCCCAAACUUGCGAUUUCCUCCCCCACAUCACCCGCAUACUCGCCGGCGUCUCCUGCUUACUCCCCCACCUCCCCCGCAUACAGCCCCUCCUCGCCAACGUGGUCGCCGUCUAGCCCGUCGCAGAACGCCAACGGUCAGAACCAGAAUGGCAGCUCGUCGACGAACAACCACUACCAGGCGUCGCCUUCGUGGGAUUAGCCUCCAGUCGGUUUGGAUCUUGUCUACUUCUUCAUCGUCCUCCGCUUGCGUUAUAUAUUCUAGGAUUAGUUUAGCUAUGUCGCACACCAACAAUCACAUUCCAUACACCACAACGAGCAUCAUGUGUAGAUUAUUUGGCAUUUUGAAUGAACAGUAUCGUGUAGAUUUGCACACGACA